CGCCCGCCCCCGCCGCGCAGGGCCGGGAUCGGCUGUCAGUCUGGCGGCGGCGCGCGCCGAUUGGACCGGCGGCCGCCGGGGAGCGGGGGCAGCAGGUUAGGGUGCGCGCUACUUAAGGUCCAGCUGCGAGAGCUAUUGACGUGUUUGGAGCUGGAGACUGUCGGGUCCCUGGCGAAGCGGCACCUCGAGCCUCCUUCCCAGCCUUUGCAGCGUCACUGCCUGCGCCUACGCCCGGUUUCCUGCGCUGUCCUCGCCACCUGCCCCUCGGCACCGUCGAAGGUUGCAGCAAGGUGUGUUCACCUGUGCCCGCCGUCCACGGUUAGACGGACGGGCUGCAUCGCGGAAGGCAGCGAGGUCUCGGGCUGGCAUCUCUCCGGGUUCUCCAUUCGGUUUCCCGCCUCCCUCCGUAAGAAGACUGUUAGGAUGCCAAUGGUAGCGCGAAGACUGCGAGAUCCUGAUAUAAAUCCUUGCUUGUUGGAAUCUGAUGCUUCUACCAGAUGUAUGGAUGAAAAUAACUAUGACAGGGAAAUGUGUUCCAAUUACUUCUUGAAGUACAAAAACUGCCGAAAGUUCUGGAAUUCUAUCAUGUUGCAGAGAAGACAGAAUGGAGUGAAGCCACCUAUGCCAACAGCAGCAGAAAGAAAUGAAAUCUUGAGAGCAAUGGGAAAGAUGCCCUAUUGAAUGUUUGCAUUAAAAUGAUUUAACUCAAAAGGAGAUAUUUUAAGUAAAUGAUUACUGUAAUCUUUUAAGACCGUACAAACCUUACCCAGACAGAUCUUAUAUUCUGUAAGGGGAGACAAACUUGAGUGGACCAUGUGUCCUUUGUGUUUGCUCUCAGUGCCAUGAUGAUAGUGUGCCACUGCCGAGCAUGCGUGUCGGAGCUCACAGUACUUCCUGGAGUUACGGGGGUGUUAGGAAAGGCUACACGAGCUGGGCUUUUCGUCUGGGUCUCAAAAGAAAAGUAAAGUAUGAGAAAGUAAAGACUUAAUGGGGUGAAAAGAAGGCAGUAUUUCAUGUGAGCAACAACCUGCUAGAAGGAAAGCUAGAGACAAAUUCAGAGUUGUCUGUCCACUGUCUCACCUGAGUUUAAGGUGGGUAGAGGAGUAAUGGCAGAGAUGACUGUGCGUGGCCUCAAAUCCGAGGCUCAUUACUAAGAUCUCUAUCCUUACUUCACUCACUUAUCUUCGUUUAAAUUAGGUCAGCGCAUCCACUAGGCAGGAAGAAGGGCUGAGGAAGGUUGCCUUAAGUAAAUGGCAUACAAAAGAACUGGCUUGCUUUCUUUAAGGAAAGGUUUGGUUAAAGGCCUCUGUGACUAAAAUCCAUAAACAGUGGACAACCUUCUGAAGGCAUAGUAUUCUCGAACUAUGGUAGUGGGGGCGGAAACGUGAUUCUCUCAGAAGUAGGAUUUUUAUUUUCAGGAUGUGGUGGGCAGGGAAGGGUAUGGGGUUCAUCAGGUGAAUACAACACUGGGAUGAAACUAGAGCUCAACUUCACUUUAUGAUAUAAGCCUGUUAGAGAAAGACAAAUAUCACAUGAUCUCACUUAUGUGUGGAAUCUAAUGAACAAAAUAAACUGAUGAACAAAAUAGAUCCAGACACAUGGAAGCAUGCACCAGACUGAUGAAUCUCAGAGGGAAGCGGGGUGAAGGAGGGAGAGGUUAACCAAAGAACUUAUAUGCAUAUAUGCAUAACCCAUGGACACAGACAAUAGUGAGGUGAAAGCCUGGGAGGGGUCAGGAGCUGGGUGGAGGGGGUCAAUGGAGGAUAAAAAAGGGACAUCUGUAAUACUUUCAACAACAAAUAUUUAAAAAAAUAUUCAGUAUAGUGAUGGGUGGAUUGCAUAGCAGCUCUUAUACCCUCCACUUUUUAAAAUCCAGUUUGCUUCAUUUAAAGAGUAGUUUUAUAAAAGACAUUUAAUAAUGGAAAAUCAACAAAGACAAAUAGUUUGUGUCCCUUUUCUUCAGGUGGCCCAUGAUCAUCAAAGAGUAUAAUUUUAAUGGCUGCUGACAACAAACUAUCCAUCUGGUCUUUGUCCAAAAUUCAGCUCAACUUGUUUUUAAGCCAUAGCAUUGUCACUGGUACCUGUGAUUGUAUUUGAGUACAAUGUGAUUUCAUUUUGAGUAAAGUUGUAUUUGAAAUUCUG